AAAUUAGGUACGAACUUGUGGAGAUGUCUGGCCAAAAGGGAAUAGAGUAAGUCGGAGAUUCGCCUUGCAGAGGAGUCCUGAACUGAAGGACUCCACUCAACGGUGAAGGAAGGGAGGAGUCAUCAAUGGACGACGCCACGAAGCUCAACAAAGACGACGUGAUUGCCAGGCUCAAGGACGAUGGUGAUUUCGAUCGCCUUCGCCUCAAGCUCAUCCGCAAUCUCAAGGAUAACGAGGAACUGCGUUCCAAGAUCAUCGCAACGGUGAAGCAGUCAGCUGCACUUAAUCGUUCUGGUGCUGAGAAUUUGAAGCCCAGGCAGCUUUCUGAUGCUAUAUAUGAAGAGGUUGGCAAAGUUAUGGGCCAGAUUUCUGAAAGUCUAUGGGAGAUAAUCAGAUCAGCUGAUGGCAUGAAAAGUGAAAUUGAAGAUACAGUACAAUAUAUGUGUAGUAAGCUAUUGAACCCUUCUGGUAAAGACAUGCAGACACCGAUGCAGAGGAUGGACUACAGCAGAUCCUAUGCGGUACCAUCCGGUGAGACCAGUGCAGUUUCCAAUAAUGAACGGAAGAAACCACUGGGUUUCUGUCUGACCAGUAAUAAUCAGAAUGAUGGAGAACAAAACAAUGAGAGGGUGCAAGUAACAGUUUCUCAUGAAAGAGGGUUUUCUGAAGGUUUGAGGAAUGAGCAGAACCCUUCACAUAAAGUUUUGACUCCAAACAAUGUUGAUGUGGGUAUCCCACCAGGUUUUUCUGCCGAUGGUGAAAACCGAAAGCUCUUUAAUGACACUGAGGACGAUCCUGAACUGCCUCCCGGUUUUGGUUGAUUAAAUGUUCUAAGAAGUGUGUUCAUUCGAUGCCGUGUGAUCCGGCAGAAACCUUUUAGUGAUGUUGGAUUUCAGUUGCUUUGGAACCUUAAUUUGAACUGUUUACUGCUCUGGUUAAGUUCAGCUAUCACGACAGAAUCU